AUGUUAAAGUUAAAGAUGUUGCUACAUACUCAAGUUGUUUUACUUUGUGGUUAUUUUUUUUUUUAGAGUGAAUACUGACUAAAACGUGGAAAGAACAAACACAGAAGUCAAAAACAAAUAUACAUAUCUUUUAUCAUCUAACAAGAAGAAGGAAACGAUGAGGAGAGCAGAGAUGAGGCGGACUGGAGGAGGGCCUGCCUCCAAGCCUGACAUUGAUGUCACCGUGGAAAUGGCUUUGACUUCGGUUCCAAAAGAUUCCAUUGAUGGCGUACAAGGCGGAGUUGAUACAUGUGAUCUCCCAGGGUCAUUCACAGGUGCUACUGACGUGCUUGAGGAAACACUUCCUGAAGAAGCUGUUGUGGAAUGCUCUUCUGGAGAGACAGAAAGCCACAAUGCUGCAGAGCCUUCAGCUUCCUUGGAUCUUUCGGUCACUCAAUUUCAACAGUCUAAUUGCAGUAAGACCUGCUAUCUGUUCAACAGACAAAGUACAUGGACCUCUGCACAACAGCUUUGAGAAAGUGAAUCCAAGUUUUUAAUGAUGGAAAGAUAAGAAUUAGGUUUGGUUGAGGCUUGGGUCUGUUAUGCUCCAGGG